AUGUCGCGUUUCUUCUACGGUGGCGGUAGCGACAGCGAGUCCAGCUCGUCCGAUGAGGAGGAGCUCUACAGUGAUCGUGAGGAGGAGGAGCAGUCCGAGGAGGAAUCCAGCGAGGAGGAAGAGGACUCUGAGGAGGAGUCCUCGUCCGAGGAUGAGGGCGCCGGCAAGACCGGUGCCAGUCGUUUCAUGAGAAAUGUCUCGGACAGCGAAGAGAGCGAGGACGAGGAGAAGGUCACGGUCGUCAAGAGUGCCAAGGACAAGCGUUUGGAGGAACUUGAGGGUACCAUCAAGUUGAUCGAGAAUGCCGAGAAGAUCAACGACUGGGCGGUCAUUUCGACAGAAUUCGACAAGCUUAACCGCCAGGUCGUCAAGAUUACUCAGUCUGGCCCCGUUCCCCGUGUCUACGUCAAGGCCGUUGCCGACCUCGAGGAUUUCGUCAACGAGACCGUCGCCAAGCAGAAGUCGGCGAACAAGAAGAUGAACGCCAGCAACUCCAAGGGUUUCAACGCCGUCAAGCAGCGUAUCAAGAAGAACAACAAGGACUACGCCGCCCAGAUCGAGAAGUACCGCAGCAACAAGGAUGGUUAUCUGGAUGGAGCCGACGAGGAGGCCCGCCCCGUCGUCAGCGCUCCCCGUCUCACCAAGGUCGAGCGCGUCGAGGCUCCCCUUGCCGCUGCCCCCGCUGCCACUGCUGCUGCUGCCGAUGAUGGCUUUGCCACUGUCGGACGCGGUGGUAAGACCCUCCAGUACACCCCUGAGAGUAUCCUCAAGCACCUCCGCGUCAUCGUCGAGUCUCGCGGAAAGAAGAACACCGACCGUCUCGAGCAGAUCCGCACCAUGGAGAAGCUUCUGGAGGUUGCUCAGAGCCCUUACCAGCGCAUCCGUAUCUACCUGACCCUCAUCUCCACCCGCUUCGACCUCACCUCCUCUUCUUCCGGUAACUACAUGGCCGUGGACCAGUGGAAGUUCGCCGAGCAAGAGUUCGCUACUCUUCUGUCCGUCCUCGAGAACAACCGCGACUACGUCGUGACCGAAGGUGCCGAGGAGUGGGAGGAUGACGAGAAGCAGCCCACGGUUACCGCCGGCGAGACCCUGCACAUCCCCGGCAGCAUCGUUUCUUACGUUGAGCGUUUGGAUGACGAACUCACCCGCUCCCUCCAGAACAUCGACCCCCACACCGCGGAAUACAUUGAUCGCCUGGGUGACGAGAAGCAGCUGUACACCAACCUCGUCCGCACUCAGACCUACGUCGAAGGUCUCAUUUCCGCCGAGAAGAGCGACCCCAGACAGGACAGCAUCAACAGAGUCGUUAUGCGGAGAUUGGAGCACAUCUACUUCAAGCCCUCCCAGGUCGUCACCAUCCUGGAGGAGGCCACUUGGAAGGCUCUCCCCGCCGAGUUGGACACUAAGAUCACUCCCCGUGCCAACGUCGGUGAUGUGACCGAGCUCGUCCAGACCCUCUGCAACUACCUGUUCAAGAACAGCGACGGUAUCAUCCGCGCCCGUGCGAUGCUCUGCCAGAUCUACUUCCUCGCCCUUCACGACCAGUACUACCGCUCUCGCGACCUGAUGCUCAUGUCCCACUUGACGGAGAACAUCGCCAACUUCGACGUCAGCACCCAGAUCCUCUUCAACCGCACUCUCGUCCAGAUCGGUCUCUGUGCCUUCCGUGCCGGUCUCAUCUACGAGGCCCAGACCACUCUCUCCGAGGUCUGCGGCAGCGGCCGUCAGAAAGAGCUCCUGGCUCAGGGUAUCAUCCUCCAGCGCUACUCCACCGUCUCCCCCGAGCAGGAGCGUCUGGAGCGCCAGCGUCAACUCCCCUUCCACAUGCACAUCAACCUCGAACUCCUCGAGUGCAUCUACCUCACGUCGAGCAUGUUCUUGGAAGUCCCUCUCAUGGCUCAGACCUCUUCCUCGCCCGAGAUGAAGCGUCGUGUCAUCUCCAAGACCUUCCGCCGCAUGCUCGACUACAACGAGCGCCAGGUCUUCACCGGUCCUCCCGAGAACACCCGUGACGGUGUCAUCAUGAGCGCCAAGUUCCUUGCCGCUGGUGACUGGAAGAAGGCCGCCGAGAUGCUCAACUCGAUCAAGAUCUGGGACUUGAUGCCCCAGCCCGAGAAGGUCAAGGAGAUGCUGUCGCAGCAGAUCCAGGAGGAGGGUCUCCGCACCUACCUCUUCACCUACGCUCCCUUCUACGACAGCCUGUCGCUCGCCACCUUGGCCACCAUGUUCGAGCUCCCCGAGAAGAAGAUCCAGGCCAUCAUCAGCCGGAUGAUCUCCCACGAGGAGCUGGCGGCCGCCCUGGACCAGGUCAACGACGCCAUCGUCUUCCGCAAGGGCGUCGAGCUGUCGCGCCUCCAGUCCCAGAUCGUGACCCUGGCCGACAAGUCGAUGAACCUCCUGGAGGCCAACGAGAAGACUCUCGAGCAGCGUACCCAAGGCAUGGCCAACGCCUUCCAGCGCGAUCAGGGCGCCGGCGCCCGUGGUGGCCGCGGUCCUCGAGGUGCUGGGCAGGCCCGUGGCGGUCCCCGGUUGCCCGGUGGUCAACAAGGCCGCCGCCCCGGUGGUCAGCAGUUCAGCGGUGGUGCAUUGGGUGGAGCAAUCAAGGCAUAA